CAUGAAUUUGUUAUUUGUAGUGCUUCCGUGCUUCUUCUGUAUCUGUAACUUCAACUUUCGGGAGUGAGAUUGACAACAAUUGAAGAUGGAAAUAAUUACGAAAUUUAAGUGUGGAACAUGAUAUAUAUUAGUUUUAGGUUAGUAAAUUGGAAAUGGAUUCUCAUUUUAAAGAUGGUUCUAGCUACAUAGAAGGUGUACCAGUAAAAAUAUCUAAACAAUUUUGGCCUCCCAGACCUGUCUCUUUACCACAUGCUAUUGAUACAAGAACACCAGCUGAAUUAUUAUCUAUUCAGUAUGAUUUUUCUCUGGAAAGAAGUGUUAUAGAAUUCAGUGAGAAACGUCUCAAAGAAAUAGCAGAAGCUAAACAAAAACCUAAGCCUGGAAGUGCCAAUACAGAAAACAGUGCUGGCAGCAGCUCAAUUCCAGAAGAAUCCAUUCCAAAAACUAAUGCUCAACAUGUUCGGCCCUGGCAAUCUAAUACUAUUUUACAACCACAACAACCUCCUGAUAAAGAAAAAACACCUACAGAGGAGAAAACCCAGAAAACGCAUACUAAAAUUAAUUUGUCAGAUUUUGAAAAUGAUACCUCUAGUCCCUUUGAUUACAUGGAGCUCCAGACAAUUAAUGAUUUGGAGGAAUUAAAUAGUGUAUUCCAAGGUAUUCAUAGCAGUGAACCAAUCUCUUCAGAGACUUCUGUCCCUGCAGAGGAUGUAGUUCCUACUGUUGCAAAGUCUGUGAGUUUUCCUCUUCCUCAAAAUUCAUGGCAAACUUCUGACAAGAUUUCUGCCAGCCAAAGCGAAGAUUUUGGAAAUAUUAAUAAGACUGGAGCUGAAUCCACAUAUUUAACCAAUCUAUCACCCAGCCAAAGAGUUACUUCACUUGUUGAAGAAGAUGCAGUUUCUGCUGCAACUAAAUCUGUAAGUUACCCACUUCCUCAAAACACUUGGCAGAUCUCUUCUGAGCGGAUUACUAGCAGCAUAAGUCAAGAGUUUGUGGCCAAUGUCAAGAACUUUCCAUCAUCUAGCAAUGGCUAUGCUGCUUUUUCAAGUCCAGUAUCAAAGGCAAUGAAAGAUUUUUCUUGUGAUAACAUUAGCUUCUCAAAUUUGUCCCAAGUGCCUUAUAUUUCUUCAAAUGCUGGAGGAAGCUGUGAAAAGGCAUCUUCGUUGCGAGGUUGCAAAAGUUACUCUGACAUUCGCAGCAUCUCUGAAAUGGAAAAUGUAAAUUUGGGGAUUAGAGAACGAUCUCAUACUCCUCCUACUUUUAAUUCCGGAGUGAUAGAAUCUGUGAUUGAUCCAUUACCCAUAAAUGAAAAUCAUUUCCAGAAACCUCCAGAUGAAUCUAGUAAUGGUGUUAUUCAUGAUGAAAAUAGUGCAUAUGAAGAAUUGGAUGCUGCUGCCAAACAUUUUGUAGACUGUAUUACAGAAAUGGGAUUCCCUCAGGGUCAAGUAGCAAGGGCUGUAAAACAUUUGGGUGUUGAUGAGAAAAAGGUUGUAGAAUUAUUAUGUCAUAUACAAGCUCUUGAAGAAUCUGGAUAUGACAGUUCUGAAGCAGAAGCUGCUCUGCAUCUUCACGAUUACAAUAGAGACCAAGCAAAAGAAUUUUUAGACCUUGUGAAUCAGUUCCAGGAUUUGGGAUUUGAGAAGGAUGCAAUAAAAAAAGCUUUGGUGCAAAACAAAAAUGACUGGAACAAAACAAUCGAUUCAUUGCUCCAUUGACAUCAUUUAUUACACUUGAUUCUUUUCAAUAUAUUCCUUCGCGACAUCCUUUAUACAGAUUGGGAUCUAUAUGCAAAAUGUGAAUCUUGAAAUUAAAAGAAUAUUUUAUAAAUAUAUGGGAUAAUUAAAGAAUGCUUUCAUCUUUUUUUUCCCUAUAAAAUCAUUGUUUAUAUAUAUAUAUAUUUGAUUUUAUUUAUAAUGUGCAUAGAAAAGUUGUACAUAGUGAUUCCAAUAAAAUUGUUAUUUUCAUGUU